AUGGCUUAUAAGCCUUCUUCAUGUUCUUGUUUUUACCAUUCCUUUUGUUUUCUAUUGAUUGUAUUCAUUCUUCCAUAUUUUUGCCUCACAAAAGCUCAAGCUGCAAGCCAUUGUAGAACCACAUGUGGUACUAUUCCGAUAAACUAUCCUUUUGGCAUUGAUGAUGGCUGUGGCAGUCCUUAUUACAGACACGUACUUGUAUGCACCGAUUCGGGCUUUCUCGAGCUUCGAACGCCUUCUGGGAGAUACCAAGUUCGGAGCAUAAGCUACUCAGAUCCUCACAUGAUAGUCACUGAUCCAUUCAUGUGGAAUUGCCAAGAUGGUCAUCACUUUCGUGCAACUAGGCCUUUUAGCCUUGACACAAGCACACACUUAACACUCUCCUCUCAAAAUGACUACCUCUUCUUCAAUUGCAGUGAAGAGAAAGUGAUUGUUGAGCCAAAACCCAUCUUCUGUGAGAGGUUUCCUGAUCGCUGCGACUCGACAUGUGAUAGUGCUAGUUAUCUUUGCAGGCACUUGCCAGGAUGUGCUAAUGCAUUAGGUGCUAGUUCUUCUUGCUGCUCUUACUUCCCGAAAGCGACCGAAUCUUUGAGGCUUAUGUUGAAGUAUUGUGCUAGUUAUACUAGUAUUUAUUGGAGAACUGGUGUCAAUGCUCCUGAUGAUCAAGUACCUGAGUAUGGUAUUAGAGUUGAUUUUGAUAUUCCAGUGACUACAGAUUGCCUUCAGUGUCAAGACAUGAAGAAAGGAGGUGGAACAUGUGGAUUUGACACACAAUCUCAGAAUUUCUUAUGUCUAUGCAAUCAGAGAACAAAUGCCACAACUUAUUGCAAUGAUCACAACAAUACCGGCCAUAACAAGGCAGGAGUCAUUGCAGGGACUGUAACUGGAGUUUCAGCAGCUGGAGCCAUAGGAAUUGGUGCUGGUCUAUGGUAUUGGAAGAAAGUGAGACCCACAGCACCAGUAACAUGCGGGGUUCAGAGCAAUGAGAAUAGGCUCUUUUGA